AUGACCGAAUUCUUUGGAUCCACGACUCCUUUCGCGGAGCCUCUGUGGUAUUCUCGACCGGGAAACCCGCACUAUACCGACUCUCAUCGGCGACUGCGGGAUGAGAUCCGUCGGUAUGUCGACACCGAAAUAGAGCCAUUUUGCUCCGAGUGGGAGGCUAUGGGUUCAAUUCCAGCAGCGGUCUUGAAACGACAUUCGGAUCUAGGUUACACAGCUGUCCUGGUGGAUCCUUCUGUCGUAAGUAAAUACCUUGGGCAAAUCAGACUACCCGGUGAUGUGCCUGCGCACGAAUGGGAUAGCUUCCACGACCUGAUCGCCAUCGACGAAAUGGCGCGUUGUGGAUCUCUGGGUAUCCUAUGGGGUCUUGGAUGCGGCAAUGCGAUCGGCUGUCCUCCUGUCAUUAGCUUUGGGACCGAGGAACAGAAGUCAAGGUGGCUGCCAGCCGUCCUUCGAGGUGAUGCCAGGUUCUGCCUGGGUGUCACGGAGCCUCAAGCUGGAUCCGACGUGGCUGGCAUCGCAAUGACGGCCGACUUGAAGGGCGAGGUAUUCGUCGUGAAUGGCACAAAGCAGUGGGUAACGAACGGCAUGUCUGCCGAUUUCUGCACUGCUGUGGUCCGGACGGGUGGCGCGGGAAAGUCAGGAAUCUCGGUUUUGGUGAUUCCCCUUAAGCUGGAAGGAGUCAUCCGAACCGAGAUUCAUAAUUCCGGCGUUGCUUUGAGUGGAUGUGCCAGCCUCAACUUCAAGAACGUGGAGGUGCCCGUCGCAAAUCUCAUCGGAAAACUAAACGAAGGCUUUAAGCUCAUCAUGUCUAGUUUCAAUCAUGAGCGGCUCUGGAUUGCGGGCAACUGUCUACGUCUAGCUCGCGUGUGUCUGGAGGACGCGUAUCAGCACGCACUCACGCGCCAGACCUUCGGGAAGCCACUCAUUGAGCGUCAGACAAUUCGACUCAAGUUUGCCAACAUUGGGAUGCAGAUAAUGAGCACGUACGCCUUGCUCGAGUCUCUGGUGCAGGUCAGAGAUAGCGCGGCUAAGGGAGAUAAGGAGGUGGGCUUGAUCAUGGGGGGUUUGUGUGCCAUGACCAAAGUCAGUGCUGCAAGGGCCGCCGAGCUCGCUGUACGAGAAUGUCAGCAGAUCAUGGGUGCUCUGGGAUACACUCGCUCUGGCCCUGGAGCCCGUGUCGAGCGAAUCAGCCGCGAUGUACGCGUGCUCGUCAUCGGCGGGGGCAGCGAGGAAAUACUAAGCGAAAUGUGUCUAACACAAGAAAAAAGGGAUUUGGAGAAGCUCAGAUUGCCAUAG